UUGUGGCGCGAUGGCCGUGGAGCCGCGCAAAACAUUAUUCCUGCCGAAACUGGAGCCGUCAAAGCUGUCGGAAAAGUCAUUCCGGAACUCAACGGAAAAUUGAUCGGAAUGGCAUUCCGUGUUCCAACACCUGAUGUUUCGGUGGUUGAUUUGACAGCGAGACUUGAGAAGGAGGAAAUAAAGAGAGUUGUGAAAGAGGCUGCUGAAGGACCAUUGAAGGGAAUUUUGGGAUAUACUGAAGAUCAAGUUGUCUCGUCCGAUUUUGUCACAGAUUCGCAUUCGAGCAUUUUCGACGCUGACGCUUCGAUUCCUCUCAACGCCAACUUCGUCAAAUUGAUCUCAUGGUAA